GGCUGGACUGGGGGAAACAAAACCAAAAAAAGAGAGUCAAUAAUAAAACCAGUUGUCAUGAACAUGUAGCUGCUGGUAAAGCAUUUUUUUUUUUAAGUAAUACAACUGUUAAAAAGAAAAGUUUUACUUAUGUUGUGUUUAUUUGUGAAAUUAGAAGUGUGCGUGAACAGAGAAAAAAAUAUAAAAGAAACAAUCUCAUUUAUAGAGCUAGACUAGGUUUGUGUGAACCAAUUUUUGUCUAUUUUUUAAAACUGGAUUGUAAUUUAUUAAGGCAGAAUGCUUCUGUGUGGGCUCGCAUAUGGUUCGUCAAUGUGCAUGUGUGUAUUUGUGUGUAAGUGAGAGAGAAAAAGCGAGUGGAGGGCGGGGUUGUUCUACUGUGAGUCUCCUCUUUGCCUCGGAAUAUUGACUGUCUUUUGUUUGCCAUUAAAAAUGGAGUCUAUUUAGCUAAUCCUUAUGCCUGUACGUAUAUAAGAUGCAUGAGAUUUAUUCAUUUGUUUAUUACAGUUAUUCUAGCAAAGUUCUAAACAGGUUUAUGAAAUUGACACAUUUAUUGCCAUCUGACUAUCAUUUGAGUAAACUUUGGGCCAAUCUCGUGUCUGCCACCGCUAUUGGAUUUGAAUCAUAGAAGGCAUAAUUCAGUUGCCACGAAAAUGAAAACAAAUUCCAGGCGAACUUUCAAUUCCAAACAUUUCCUUACAAGAACCGCAGGGCAAUGUGAGUUCGCUCUACUUCAAAACGUCUUAUUCAUGGAGGUCAUUACGCGGCCACAUAAUUUCACAGAAUUAUCUUGUGCUAGUUAAAAACCAUAAUGCCCCUUCGGGUCGUGUGUUGUUAUAAGUGCUUAGCUGCACAUGAGAGCUCUGUUAUAGCUGUCAGGUUACUAUUAUGGAUUUUGUUUUCGCAUAGAUACAUCGACAUAGAUGACAGGGUAGGAAAGUUGGGCUUGGAUAAGAAAGCUUGAAGACUCAUCAUUGGAAUUUGCAAUUGUGAACAUCCGUUACAAAUAAAUAGGCCAAUGAUAACAUUCAUUUAACUCUGGAGAAUGUGCAGUCUAGGCCAUUGCCGAGCACAGUUAGGAUGUGCAUAGCUUGCUUUUUUUCCAGAUCAUCAUAUCACGUAAAUUACGCAUUGGAACUAAGGACGAUUUUGGCGGACGUUAGUGCGUAGUUUUGUCGAGUGUAAAGAGAAUACAGGCCAAACGGGAUGUCUAUUUAUUGCCUCUUCAAACGCUAAAACACAACCGUGCGAUUUGUCUUAAGGGCUGCAAUAAAACACUUAAAGCUCUUUCUCUCCAGUCACAUCAACAUACCAACUGCAGACUGAGUGUGGUGUGUUUUACUCGCUACUUCAUUCACAAGACUGAUGCUGUAAAAUAGAUCACGAUAUUAAAAAUCUCCCCAUCAAAGGCUUUCAGUUCAAAGUCGUUGGAGCAUUAUUGAACAUCAAAGAGUCAGAUAUAUAUAGAUACAUACUACACUUAGUAGGGCCUAUGAGAGCUCAAUACCACCAAACUACACGUAUGAAAAUAGCAUAGUGAAAACAAUUAUAUGAUUUAAGACUUGAUAAUGCAUAUCUGAUUUGUUUUCAGCAUCGCGCUUUCCUGCUGCUAUUUUAGCUUAGCCUACUAGUUUAAUAAAAAUUUAACUGAAAUAUUUUUUUAAAUGUAAUUGAAAAUAUAAUUAUUGCUGUGAAAAAAAAUAUUACAUUUCAUAUAUUUGAAUUGGCAACUGUUCAAUUUUCGCAAUCUAAAAGAGGCUGUGAAUGAAAUAUGGUAAAACUUGCACACACGCUUUUCACGCAGGAAAUAUUUUUUAUUACUGUUAUAUAUUACUUUUAUUAGUUUCUUUUCAUAGUAUACAUGGUGUAAUAUUGUAUAAAUUAAAUCAUAGUAACACGUUAAGUUCCACACCGCCAUAUAGACAAUAGUUAUUGUAUUAAUUUAGCAGCAUGUAAUUCAUGUUUUCAUUACUUUUAUUGCCGACCGGUUAAAACUACUACUACUACUACUGUUAUUAUUGUUGUUAUUAUUACUUGUAUAAACGUCAAUGAAUUAACUUAGGAAGAUAAUAAAUCAUAUUCAUAUUCAGUAGCCGUAAACUUAUCAAAUAUCACUUACCAUGUUGAUGUUUAAAUAUUCCUAGUAGAUAUGCAUGCCUAGUAGAGUUACAUUUUGUCGAUCUCAAAUGUUGUCCAAAAUAUGACAACCCAUCAAAAACAUUAAUGCUUGAUAUUGAUUAAUCCCGGUUUUAUAGGUACGAAUACAAAGGAAAUUUGUAUGCAUUUAAUCAAUCGUUAAGCAGAUUAGCCUGUUUUAUAGCUGUUAAAUGCCUUUUCUCACUGUCGGGCUGGAAGUAAAUUUUACUGUUCUGUCAAUCUCGUGUUUUGCGCACCUCUUUCUAAACCACUGUUUUUGGCCUCACACGUUCCGUCAUGUGGCCUGCAUUAAGGUCAUGGAGCAUACCCUAACCAUUCGGUUAAAACUAGUCCUUUUCCCACUACUGAUUCUCUGAACAUGAUAAUAUAUAAAUGGCCAUUCCAUUAAUAGCUGCAAGCAUUUAAUAAAGGAAAGCAGUUGUAUUUGUAUAGUUCAACAGAUCUUUGGCAAAUAUGAUCGUAAGAAAUUCUAAAAGUUUAAUUUUAUCCUUAAAUAAAAUUAAUACAGUCAACAUGUACUUAAAUUUUGUAAAGAUGUCUAAUAGCAUUAUUUUUUUUUUAAUCUCAAUCAUUCUGCAUACACAAGAAAGUUAAAUGCUAAAAAAUUAGCAGCUUUCUGUCUACAAGAUAAGAGACUCGCUGCACAGCCCCCAUACAUUCAAAGGGGUAAUUGCCUCAGAGCUGGAAGUCCUCAGUUGGGUUUGUGACUUUUAUGGCACCAAGGCGCGUUUGACGCAUUCUUUAGUAAGAUGCCCCUUCCCCCCUCCUUACUCAGGUUCUUUUUACCAUUGAAAUUAUCAAUACAUUACAAAUGGGGAAAGGAAAAGAACAGACGUUUCCCCUUCAGCGCAAUGAAAGACCGAGGAAAUAGAGAUAGAGAAACAAACGUUAUAGGGAGAUAUCUACUAAAUAACAAAAGAAUAGUGUGGUCUAGUGUGGUGACUGACGACAAUGCAAUGAAUAUGUAUAUUAAUAUUAUAUAAAAUGUGUAUCAUCAGAUAUACCUAUUCACAGUUUUUUAAAUGAAAUUGUGAAGUGCAUCUUAAAAUGGAGGGUAAACAAAAUCGGCGUAGAUAACGCGUGUAGAUAAGCCGUGUGGCAAUUAGCCCUUGGUCAUUUUCUUUUUUAAAACAAAGAGUUCUGUUAAUGUAAUUGUAAUGCUUACAAUUUUAGUUAUAUCAUCUGCACAGUAGUUGUAAUAAAGUAAUAAAGCUGUUGCGCCAAGAAGACCUGAAUAUAGUUAUGAUUAGUAUUGUCAUAAGAUAUAAAAAUAUACAUAAACGUCAGCGACAGUAAGCAAUUGUAAAAACCCAUCUUUCAAGUAAUUAACUGAGGUGAAAAUUAGCUCAUUGUAAAAUGCAUGAUUCUCCAGGAUAAGUCUGGAUUUACCUUCAGAGCACACGUGGAGAAGCUUUAUACCGACACAAAGAACAGAUUAACUCGCUGAUUAAUGCACAAAAAGACGUAAUUCAUUGUUCGUGUGAGUGCUUAUUCUGCAUUUGUGUGUGUGUUUACUUAAACUUUAUCAACUGAAGCCACAAGGAUAAGAAGCUACAAGCUCGAUAUUCCUCCGUACACAGCGCAUUCAAUUGGCUGAAAGUGGUCAGGUGACGCUGUCAUAUUGUCCUUCCAUGAGCCAAGCCUUGGCUAUAACACUUGCUUUGCGCGUCUUAACCGGAGACUGGAAAUUAAUAUUAUUGAAAUCCUUCUGAAGUUCAUUUGAAAGAGAGUUAGGAAAGCAGGCGGGAGACGUGUGUAUGUGACAGAAGGAAGCAGACCCCAUAGCACAAAGAAAGAAAGUGUGAGAUUAAGAGAGGGGAAAUAAGAUAGGAGGGUGAGUUGAUGAGAGGGCGAUAGGAAAGGUAUGAAUUCGUAUUUCGCGAACCCGUCGCUCUCGUGCCAUUUAUCUGGUGGGCAAGAGGUUUUGCCCAACAUGCCACUGAACACGACCACAUAUGAUUCAGUCAGACAUUUUUCGUCUUAUGGCACCACAGUGACCCAAAACCGGAUUUAUGCGUCCCCUUUCUAUUCACCUCAAGAUAACGUUGUGUUUGGAUCAAGUCGAGGACCGUACGAGUAUGGAUCUAACGUGUUUCUUCAAGAUAAGGAUGUGCUUCCCAGUUGCAGACAAACUAGUAUGGGACUCAGUGCGCAGAGCCACGUUGCCCAGGAAUACAACCUGGAACAAGCUCGUGCAGGAACGCAGGAUCAGAAAGGGAACAACAUUCAGAUCUACCCGUGGAUGCAGCGCAUGAACUCGCACAGCGGAGUUGGGUACGGGUCAGACAGAAGAAGAGGUCGCCAGAUUUACUCCAGAUACCAAACCUUGGAACUGGAAAAAGAAUUUCACUUCAAUCGGUAUUUAACCAGACGCAGACGCAUCGAGAUCGCCAACGCUUUGUGCCUAACCGAGCGUCAAAUCAAAAUCUGGUUCCAGAAUAGGCGCAUGAAAUGGAAGAAAGAGACCAAUCUAACUUCUACUGUACCGGGGACCGAAUCAACGGGUACUCCUCAAGACACCGAGAAGGAGACCGAGGAGGAAACCGAGGAAGCUAAAAAAAAAGAUUAGGAAAUCCAUUUCCCGUUCUCGAACGCCUGUUAACUGCAACGUAACUACCUAAACGGAGAAUUUGCAAAUAUUAAUGCAUGGACUAUAUACUCUGCUAUUCCUUUUGACUGCCCCCUCCUCCUCCUCCGACCUGAACACCAUACUCAAGCUCUACUACCACCACCACGCCACUAACAUAUACACACGUAGAAACAAAUGGAGAGAUUGAGAGAGAGAGAAAGACGCACAUGUUAUCCACCAUAAAGCAAUUCACUUCUCUUUGUAUUGAAAAUAGUUCCUUAUUGGCUGCGUGAUGACAAUGCCACAGCUGAAAUAUUUGUGUGGUUCUAGUAUUAUCAUGUUGCUAUAUAGGCUAGUAGAAAAUUACAUUAGAUGAAAAUGUAUUCGAAUUUGAUUUGAUUAGUAGGCUACGUCUCCCAAACUAUUAAGCCUCUUAACUGUACCCUAAGCAUUCCAGAAGUGAAGGAAACUUCUUAUAUGCACAUUCAUUUUUUUGUGGAUGCAUAUUUGUACAAUGAAACAAACACUGACGGGAUGAAUUAUACUACCUAAAUCCUUGAUACGUUUUAUUUUCCUUUUAUAAUUUUUUUUUUUUUUUUUAAUAUUGCUUUUGCCCCGUCAGUGUUCUGUUGUUCAAAAUGCCGCUGUACUGGCACAUUAACUAUUGAGAGAAUUUCAAGAAAAAUACAUUUCAUCAUACUUGUAGUUGUGUGCAUAUAAACUUGUCUUAAAGUGAGAAUCACACCCAUAUGAAAACAAACAUAUACCUUGGUACGCAAUUAUAUUGUUUGUGUAAACUGUGUAUUAUUUAAUAAAAUUCUUGAAAACAAAAA